AUGCGGCUCACGGCGGAGCUCAUCAGGGACUCUCUCUCCUACCUGAACCCGCUCAAGGAGCGUGAGCUCGAUCUCCGAGCGAGGCCCCUUCGCCGGGCGCGUGCGAGACAGGACACCGAAUCCCCGCCAUUGAGAACCUGGGCGCUGCCGGCCCCCUCGGCAACUUCCCCCUGUCGCCGCGCAUCACCACCCUGCUGCUCGCCCGCAACCGCGGUCGCCUCCAUACAGCCCGCCCUGCCCACCGCCAUCCCGAACCUGCGCCACCUCGUUCUCGCCUCGAACCAGAUCGCCGAGCUCGCCGACCUCGAUGUCCUCGCCAAGUUUGCCCGCCUAACCCACCUCGUGCUGAUCGAGAACCCUGUCACCAGGAAGGAGAACUACCGCUACUGGGUGCUCUGGCGGUGUCCCGGCGUCCGUUUCCUCGACUAUGUCAAGGUCAAGGACGCCGAGCGCCAGCGGGCCGUUGCCCUUUUUGGCACGGCCGACGAGCCGACGGCGCUCGCCUCCAAGAUCAUGGGCGUCAAGUCCAAGACGUUCGACACGGGCGCUGCGGGCGGCACCCGCUACUGCCGGCGACCAGGCGCAGGGCUCGCGCCUGUCUCGCAUCAAACUCACCGACAGGAGAAGAAGCGUCUGCAGGAGAUGAUCAAGCGCGCCGACAGCCUGCAGGAGAUCAUCCGGCUCGAGAAGAUGCUCAACGAGGGGGACAUUACCCCCCGGCGUGCACCUCGAUGCUGA